AUGGAGUCCGAGAUCAGGACUGUCCUGCCAAACAUCGACCCGGUCGUGUCCGAGUACUCGGCCGGCUACCUGACCCAUGCAUCCACCUCGUGGGCCGGGGGCGAGGACCAGGCCGGCCCGUCCCCGCUGGCCGAGGCCGCCUCCGUCGUCAUCGAGCUGCUGCUCUCCGCCGCCGGCGACCCGGAUGCCGCCAAGCAGGACAAGAUCCGCCAGCUCGUCGAGAAAUGGGUCUCCAAGUACGACGAGGCCAACGGCUCGCUGCAGCGCCAGGGCCCCACCGUCCGGAGGCUCGACCAGUCCAUCCAGGUCGGCGCCCAGAACAACAUGUCCUCCACCCUCGCCGUCGCCACGGGCGCCGUCGACCUCGAGGCCGCCAACGUCAGGAAGGUCGAGUCCAAGGUCGACCGCAAGAAGCUCGAGAAGGCCGAGCGCAAGAUCGCCGCCAAGCAGCAGAAGAAGACCUUCAAGACCGUCGAGUAUGAGGCCUCGCGGCUGCUCAACCAGCCAGAGUCCACCCAGUCCUACGAGGAGUUCUACAUGGCCGUCAACCCUCUGCAGGCUCCUGGCGCCGGUGGCAAGUCCAAGGACAUCAAGCUGGACAACAUCGAUGUCGCCAUCGGUGGCCUGAGGAUCCUCACCGAGACCACCCUCACGCUGGCAUAUGGCCGGCGCUAUGGUCUGGUUGGUAACAACGGUAUCGGUAAAUCUACGUUGCUGCGGGCUCUGUCUCGUCGAGAAGUGCCCAUCCCUACUCACAUCUCGAUUCUGCACGUCGAGCAAGAGAUCAGUGGAGACGACACCCCGGCAUUACAGGCAGUGCUUGAUGCCGAUGUCUGGCGGAAGGUUCUCCUGAAGGAUGAGGCACAGAUCACCGAGAAGCUCGGCGAGAUCGAGAGCCAGAGGGCCUCGUUGGCCGACACCUCAGCCGACGCGGCCAGGCUGGACCGCGAGCGUGAGGCCCAGGACCAGAAGCUCACCGACGUCCAGGCCAAGCUCGCCGAGAUGGAAUCGGACAAGGCCGAGUCCAGGGCGGCAAGUAUCCUCGCCGGUCUCGGUUUCUCGCCCGAGCGCCAGCAGUUUGCCACCAAGACCUUCUCCGGAGGUUGGCGGAUGCGUCUCGCCCUGGCGAGAGCACUCUUCUGCGAGCCGGACCUCCUCCUGCUCGACGAACCGUCAAACAUGUUGGACGUCCCCUCCAUCACCUUCCUCUCCAAUUACCUGCAGGGCUACCCCAGCACCGUCCUGGUCGUGUCUCACGACAGGGCGUUCCUCGACGAGGUCGCCACCGACAUCAUCCACCAGCACUCGGAGCGCCUCGACUACUACCGGGGCGCCAACUUCGCCUCCUUCUACGCGACCAAGGAGGAGCGCAAGAAGACGGCCAAGCGCGAGUACGAGAAGCAGAUGGCGGAGCGGGCGCACCUGCAGGCCUUCAUCGACAAGUUCCGCUACAACGCGGCCAAGUCGUCCGAGGCGCAGUCGCGCAUCAAGAAGCUCGAGAAGAUGCCCGUGCUCGAGGCGCCCGAGGCCGAGUACAGCGUGCACUUCAAGUUCCCGGACGUGGAGAAGAUGUCGCCGCCCAUCAUCCAGAUGUCCGAGGUCACCUUUGGCUACUCGCCCGACAAGGUCCUGCUGCGCAACGUCGACCUGGACGUGCAGCUCGACUCGCGGAUCGGCAUCGUGGGGCCCAACGGCGCCGGAAAGACGACGGUGCUCAAGCUGCUCAUCGGCAAGCUGUCGCCCUCGACGGGCAUCAUCCAGCAGAACCCCCGCCUGCGCGUGGGCUUCUUCGCGCAGCACCACGUCGACGCCCUCGACCUGACCCUGUCGGCCGUCUCCUUCAUGGCCCGCGAGUACCCCGGCCGCACCGACGAGGAGUACCGCCGGCAGCUGGGCGCCUUCGGCAUCACGGGCACGACGGGCCUGCAGAAGAUGGAGGUGCUCUCGGGGGGUCAAAAGUCCCGUGUGGCGUUCGCGUGCCUCGCCCUCACGAACCCGCACAUCCUCGUGCUCGACGAGCCGUCCAACCACCUCGACAUCGAGGCCAUGGACGCCCUCUCCGACGCGCUGCGCAACUUCCAGGGCGGCGUGCUCAUGGUCUCGCACGACGUUACCAUGCUGCAGACCGUCUGCACCAGCCUGUGGGUGUGUGACGGCGGCACUGUUGAGAAGUUUGACGGCACCGUCCAGGACUACAAGAAGAAGAUCACGGCCCAGGCUGAUGCGUCGGGUGUCGUGGCGAAGCAUUAG